GUUUCUACUGGAACUUCCGGACAAUUAGUUUGACAAGUUUCCUCAGUGACGUAGGCCUUGUGAUUUCAGGUACCAGUGUACCUGUCUCUCCUACAUCUUCCACAUCCACUGCAGCUUGACACAGGAAGAGUACCAGCAUAUCUACUAUGAUGUGACGGCUGACAUGCUAAAGUAUGUUUGAGCCAACAACCUGAAAACUAUCACCUAUCGUAUCAGACGGAAGCGUUGGGAGAAAGUGGACUGAUCCAUGAUUAUGAGAUCAACCAACGAUGGUGGACUUGUUGUCCAUGUGGAAAAAUCAAGGGUGAAGUCUACCUUCUUCUCUACGAUGUCCACACUUUGGGAGAACAAAAAAACAUAUAGAGCCAAGACCUAAAAUGAAAGUGGACACUGGCCUAUACGUUCAAUAAGAUCUCAUCUGUAAAUACACAUGCAGUGAGACUACUGCGAGAUGAACCCGAAACAAGUCGGAAAUCUGUUAAAAGAUAACGUGACUGUAUUUUGAUACAUACAACAUAAUUUAAAAUAAUGCAUCCCAACUCUCCUGAAGAAACUUUGAAGUCAUUUAGCGUCAUGCGUAAAAAUGGUUCGCUCCGCCUGCAGCCUAUAAGCGUCUCAAAGCUCAUUAAGUCCCUCACUUUAUCUCGGACUCACAGCAAAGAUGGACCACGGAGACCGCUACACCUCCUCAUCCUACCGGAAGAUUUUCGGGGAUUCUCCCAGGUUUUCCGCCUCCUCCUACCGCAUGAGCAGCUCCUCUCCCCGGGGCUCCCCGGGGCUCCGGGCUGCGUCAUCCCGCAACAGCUCGACCUCCAUGAGUCUGUUCAGGAGGGUCGGCCGCACCUCCACCUCCUUCUCCCCAAUGACGAUGACCGACUCCCUGGACCUGAGCCAGACCUCUGUGGCCAACAAUGAACUCAAAGUCAUCAGAACUAACGAGAAGGAGCAGCUGCAGGGUCUGAAUGACCGCUUUGCCAUGUUCAUCGAUAAAGUGCGUAACCUGGAGCAGCAGAACAAAGUGUUGGAGAUGGAGCUGGUGACCCUGAGGCAGAAACACGGGGAGCCGUCCCGCGUCACUCUUCUCUACCAGCAGGAGUUGAGAGACCUGAGGUCCCAGGUGGAGGAGCUGAACCGAGACAAGAACCACAUUCUGAUCGAGAGGAACAACAUGGAGGACGAGCUGCAGAAGCUCGCAGUGAAGUAUGAGGAGGAGAUGAGGACCCGGGAGGAAGCUGAGCAGACUUUGAGGGCCUUCAGGAAGGACAUAGAUGAUGCUGCAGCCGUCCGCCUGGACCUGGAGCGCCGCGUGGAGUCCCUGAUGGACGAGAUCUCCUUCCUGAGGAAAGUACACGAUGAGGAAAUCCAGGAGCUGAGCAGCUUGAUGGACGCGCAGCAGGUCUCUGUGGAGCUGGAGCUCGCCAAACCGGACCUCACCUCCGCUCUGAAGGAGAUCCGCAACCAGUACGAGUCCAUCGCCUCCAAAAACCUGCAGUCAGCUGAGGAGUGGUACAAGAGCAAGUUUGCCAGCCUGAGCGAGCAGGCCACCAGGAGCAACGAGGCCAUGAGGGCGAGCCGGGAGGAGAUGAGCGAGUUCAGGAGGCAGCUGCAGUCCAAGACCAUCGAGAUCGAGACCCUGAGGGGCGCCAACGAGUCUCUGGAGAGGCAGAUCGCAGAGAUGGAGGAUGCGCACCACACUGAAGUCACAUCCAUGCAGGACACUAUUGGCCACCUGGAUAGUGAGCUGAGGAACCUGAAGGGUGAGAUGGCUCAGCACCUGAGAGAGUAUCAGGACCUGCUCAAUGUGAAGAUGGCCCUGGACAUCGAGAUCGCUGCCUACAGGAAACUUCUGGAAGGGGAGGAGACUCACUUUAACUCAGGGAUGUCGUUUGGUGCAGCGACCUACAGCUACCAGCCUCGGGGCUCCAUCGGCUCGUCCAGGAGCGGCCAGAGGGAGAAAGAAGGAGCCACGAAGGAGAGCUUCAAGGAGAGCCGUGAGGAUAAGGACGAGGCUGACAUCAACUCCAACAACUGACGAGAGACACAGACAGAGAUCUGGAGGGUGAAAGAGGGAAUAUACUUUAUAUGUGUUAUGAUUUUAUUAGCAACACUAAUGCAAAUAUUUCAGAAUUAGAGCUUUAAGUCAGUACUUUGGGUGAUUAUCAAUGUUUUAUGGUUGGAAGAUUCUUCAAUGUAGAACUAAAUGAGACAGAUUUCCAGGUCUCUGCAGGUUUCUGUGUAGAGGACACAUUGUCUCAAGACAAAAGAAAUAUGCAUUUACUUCAAAUGAAAUAACAAAAGUACUGUAAGAAAAGAAAUAUGUGACCAAAUGUUGAAUGUUGCAGUGUUGAAUUUUCUUUAUGAUGCUGUGUGUGACUGAACUGAAUUCUGUGUAAAAGGCGAGCAAAAAACUAAAUCAGAGGUCAAAUUGAAUUUCCCCUCACGGAAUCAAUAAAGAAUAUAUCAA